UAAAGGAUGUAAAGCCUGUUUGUCGGUUGAACAAAUAUGUGUAAUCAAUUGUACUCAUUUUAAGUAAUACAAUCGAGUUUUACAAAUUGUAUUAUUAAUUGUUGAAGAUGAGAUUGAGUCAACACAUAAACUCUAAUUUAAUUGGAAAAGUAAUAUUUUCAAGUUUAUCAAAUUAUUCCCCUUAAUUUGCUUUAUAACAUGUGUUUAUUUCUUGGACAACAUUUCUACCGUUACUGCGAUAUCCCUUUGAUGGUCACCAUAUAAUCUCAGUUUACCAAAUUUAUUAACUGUUACAAGUGUUAUGUUUUUAUACAAUCAAAAGUGUUCAUAUUUUGGUGUAAAUUUCCCUGGUUAUUGAUCAGUGCGGUCCAUUUAUUUGUGGGAAUAUGAUUUAUUUUUGAUUCAACUGCCAUAUCAAGUACAACUGCAAAAUUAUUUUGUUUUAUAGUCUAUCAAUAUUGACUUUGUUUAAACUAGUGGAUACGCUGUUCGUUCAAAUUGUAAUCAUCAUGGAUUAUGUGCUUCUCCAAUUGGGUAACCCUGGUCGCUACCAGCUUUUCAUUGGUUUUUUACUUUGUUGCCUUCAAAUUCCAAUCUCAUUUUCUGGUCAUCUUUGGUCAUUUUAUAUGGAUGAUGUUCCUCACCGAUGUUUUAUACCUUCUUGGCAGCGUAAUGGCUCUAAUGAGGCUGAAUGGAUUCCUCGAUUGACAAAUGAUAAAACAGGAACAACUGAAUUUGCUUCAUGUGAAAUGUACAUUGAUCCUUUUGCUCAUUGGAAGGGAACCACGAAAUGCUCUUCAGGAUGGGAAUAUCGUCCAUACGAGGGUCAACACAAUCCAAUAGUUGAAUGGAAUUUAGUUUGUGAUCGAUCGUAUUUCGUUACUUUACUUUUCUAUGUUUCAUUAAUUUCAUCAAUCGUGGGUGGAUUGAUGAUUGGUAUAAUUGCUGAUCGAUUUGAGCGUAAAUCAGCUCUUUUACUGGCUUUAUACUUAUUCGUUGCCAUUGCUUUUUCAAUGCAUUUUGUUCAAGAUAUCAUUUCAUUUGGAGUCGCGUUUUGCUUACAAAAUUUUUUCCUAACGGGUAUUCAAAUCGCAUCUUAUGUUCUUCUCAUGGAAAUCAUGCCUUCUCCGUAUCAAUUUCAAGCCUCUGUAUAUUAUGCUGCCUUUGCUAUUGUUUCAUCAAUGGUUGUUCCUCUAAUUAUGUGGCUAAUUUCAUCAUGGAGAUACAUUCAAUUAGCAAUUUCUGCUCCUGGAGUCGUCUUUUUUGCUCAUCUAUGGAUUCUUCCUCGAUCUCCUCUAUGGUUAAUAUCGGAGGGCAAAAUGGUCGAAACAGAAAACUUAAUGGAAAAUUUGGGCAAACAGAAUGGUAAAUCGAUGCCACCAAGCUUCAGAUUACAUUUGCAAAAUUUUCUCAACUUGAUUAAAAGUUGUGAUGGCCUGAGUCGUAAAAGACACAACAUUUGGUCUCAAUUUUCAUCGCCUUCACUCCGUUGGUACCUUUUAUGUCAUUUUUACUUCUUUUUUGUCACUUACCUAUCAAUUAACGUCACCGAUUCCCAAGUAUUACGUCUUCACCAAACUAAACAUACCGAUUACUUUUACCGUGGCCUUAUGGAUUUAGGCGCUGUCACAUUAAUCUAUCAUGUAUCUAUGAGAUUUGGGCCACGAUCAAUUCAAUCUUUGCUGUUUAUUUUAAGUGGACUUCUUAUGAUGAUCGCGAUUUCGCUUGAAGAGUUUUUUCCAGUUAAUCCCAAUCGAGAUGGCUAUGAAUAUCAAUUGCUAUUGAUCCCAUCAACACUUGUUUCAGGAGCUCGUACUUUACUCAUGACUUUACCCAUCUUCAUUUGGUAUCAUACAAUUAAAACAUUACCAACUGGAAUUAGAGCAAUUGGUUUUGCUUGCUGUUUCGGCUGGGGAAUCGUUGGCCGCAUGUCAGCUCCUAAUUUGCUUGUACUUGCCAACCUCAUCGCUCCUUUCAUCCUAUCGGACUAUGUGGAUCUAUCUAUGAUUGCUGGAGGAUUAUCACUUCUGUUUCCAGAUUUUUGGCGUAAACCUUUACCAAAUACAUUAUCAGAUGUUGAAAAUCGUAGUUCACCCCAAACAACAAUCAGUCGAUCCUCGAUAAGUGGCUUUAGACAGAUAAAGAGUAUCAAUUCAAAUUAUAUGAAGAAUUCGUGUGACAUUGGUAUUUGUGGACCGAUAGAUCCUAAAACUGAAGCCAAGUUGAUUAUGCAGCAAAAUUUAAACCAGGAAAAUCAAUUGCAGCAACAUCAAUUUCCACCACCAGAUUGUUAUUAUGAAGAUGAACUUGGACUUCCUAUCGAGAAUCAAUUAACUUGUGAUAAUUACAAUUUAAACAUGAGACCAUCAAAUGUAAUCAAUAGUCAACUAAUUAAUCCAGAUAGUGAAAGAAUGAAUCCAAGAAGUUCAAUGGUGAUUAGUGAGGCUCAAAGCUCCCAAAUAACCGAGAUUGAUGAUAUGUUUGUAGAUAAUGGUAAUUGGCACUUAUUUUCACCCUCGUAUAACCACCAAAAUCAACAGCCAAUUAAUAAUAUCAAUCAUUAUCCUGUACAACAACAGAGUCAACAACAACAUCAACAGCAACAAUUAUCAUCUAAUCAUUUACUUCACAACAGAAAUACCAUUGAAACAAAUAGAUCAUUCCGAGAUCUUCAAAUUUUCCCCAAUAGUGGAACGCUUAAUUGUAACAAUGUUAUUGGAUCAGCCAUCGAUGACGAUGAGACUUCAGCCGUAGUUAUUAUUGAGAAUAGUGUUUCCAAAGUUUCAGAAACGAAGCUUUAAAUUGUAAUUCAUUUUCAACUGAAUCUAUCUCUUUAAAUCUUUAACUACAACAUCGAGGAGUAAAUUUUAAUCAACCAAUCUGUGAUAAUUUUAAAUACAAUAGCU